UUUGCUUUUCAAACAAGUAUUUCAAGACCGGCAGUUUAAUAUUCUGUGUUAGUUGCGUACGGAUCGCGAACGUAGAAGGAUGUAUUUAGUGAGUGGAAAUUGAAACGGAAUAGAGAAUACGGUGUGGUUGGCAAGAACAAGAACGUAUCUACCUAACUACAAAACAUACACACACACAAAUAAAAGUGGAUUACACAAAAGCAGCAGCAACAACAAUGAGAUUACUCGUAUAAAACACAACCCCCAAAAUAAAAUAUUGUAUCAAUGCUCCAACAACCAACCCUCAAAACUUUGUGGAUUACUAGCUCCAGCAAUAACGACAACAACAACAAACAUAAAGUUCUAUCACUAAGCAACGUUUGAAAAAAGUUUUUUUUAUGUCAUUACGAUAUAGAAAAAUUGGAAAACAAAAAUAGCAACGAAAACGCACAACUGAUUGAAAAUUCAACAAAAAUUUAAGUGAAAUUUGAAAAGUGAAGAGUGCAACGGAAAACGCCAGAAACAGUGAAUUAUUUAACAUUAACGUUUUAUGCUCAAAAUGAAUUUUAAGUUUAAACCAACAAAAGCAACAACAAAUCAUUUAUUAACAAGAAUCUCAAAACAAAAGAAACGAACCAAUUUCAAUCAGUUUAAUUGUACAACAACAACGGCAAUUGAGCGAAAAUUAGCAAAAGUGCAUCAGAAAAGAAAAAUACGAUUUUGUCAACAACCCGUCAUAGAGUGAAGGGACCCCAGGAAGACAAAAACGAAAAAAGUGAUAAACGAAAGCAAGAGAAACAAAAAUUCAGUGAAUUAAAAGCCCAAAGUUAUAGUUUGUGGGCCAACCAAGACUCGUCGAAUAUUGUUUAAGAAGUUGUUGGUCGCUUACAACAAGUCUGGAUUAUUAACUACGACCAAGCAGCACGCACAACACAACACAACACAAGGAAGCAAACGAAAAAAAAAAAACAGCAGCUGUUUUGAAAAUUUAUUCUCCCCUCUCAAAAGAACGAAAAACAAGUGGACUAAAACUCCUGGCUGACAAGAGGAUUUUUUUUAAAUAAUUAUUAAGUUAAAAGACUUGACCUGAAAUAAAAAAUGGCUCAAACAACAACAACAUCAACAACACAUGAAAAGAAUUCAUUGGAUUCCACCUUUGAAUCGAUUAUCAUAGACAUUCCACAAUCGAUAACAUUCUCAUCAUCAUCCUCAUCAUCGUAUGAUACGGAUAGCAGUGUGAACAGUGCCACCUGCUGCACCAAACAUCAGGAGCAUCUUUACAUGCAGCGGGCGCCACAAAUGCACAAGCAUGACAACAUUGCAACAGCCACAGCCGAUUUGGAAGCUGUUUACUUUAAAGCUGAUCAGCAACGCAAAAAUUGGCCAAUUUUCAUUUUAAUGAUUUCGCUAUUAGAAAUCGCCGUCUUUGUCUAUGACAUUAUGACUGUGCACAAAGACGCCGCGGCCACAGCGUUGGAUUUGCCCCUGGCCAUACCCACCGAUUCGGUGUUCAUCUAUCGUCCAGAUCGUCGCCUACAAGUGUGGCGUUUCAUUUCCUACAUGUUUCUACAUGCCAAUUGGUUCCAUUUGGGUUUCAAUGUGGUCAUCCAGCUGUUCUAUGGCAUUCCCUUGGAGGUAAUGCAUGGUUCGAUAAGGGUGGCCGUUAUCUAUUUUGCUGGUGUCUUUGCCGGCUCGCUGGGGACGAGUGUGGUGGACUCUGAAGUCUAUUUGGUGGGCGCUAGUGGUGGCGUUUAUGCCAUUUUGGCAGCCCAUUUGGCCAAUAUUACCUUGAACUAUGGCCAAAUGAAAUAUGCUGUAGCUCAGCUACUGUCAGUGGUGAUAUUUGUACUGUGCGAUCUGGGAUAUGCAUUCUAUACACAAUAUCUGGCCAUUGACAACGGCGGCAGCAGCAGCAGCAACAACACUGAGGCACCUCCUGUCUCAUAUAUUGCCCAUUUGACCGGUGCAUUGGCUGGUCUGACCAUUGGUCUUUUGGUGCUAAAAAAUUUCGAGCAUCGCACCUAUGAAAAUCUCAUUUGGUGGUUGGCUCUCGGUAUCUACUGUGCAUUCACCGUGUUUGCAAUUGUCUUCAAUUUGAUUAAUACGGUGACCGCUCAACUCAUGGAAGAACAAAGUGAAGUUAUUACACAGCAUUUGCUACACGAUUUGGGCGUAUCAUAAAUACACAAACACACACACAAACAUUGGAAUUGUAUCCCUGCCCCGCCCGCUUAAUUCUUAGCCCUUUUCUUUCUAUUAUUUCCCCCAUAUCCCUUGAAAUUGAAACUUCUUUUUGCCUUUUAAAAAUGCAAAAAGGAAAGGAAAUGCCGCUUUUUUCCUCUCUCUGUCCCCCCACAUUAAAAAUAAAGAAAGAAUUGUGUAAACAAAUGUUGUGAUAAUACCAAAGACUGAAUUUACUUCAUAAAAAAAGAAACCAACUCUAAUUUUUAUAAACUAGAAAAACAAACAAAUAACUCACACAAAAAAUACUAAAUAAUUUAUUGUAACUUUUUUUAAGGAACACAAAAUGUUAAGUAGAAUUAAUUUAUCUUAUUUUUGUUUUGUUAAUAAUUUUUUAUUUAUUUAUUUAAAAAAAAACCAACUCUCAGACCUUGCGCAAACAAAUCCUAAAAUUAAAUAAAAAAAAAAAUCAAGGAAACUAAAAUAUAAUUGCACAUCCACACACACACUAGUCAAACUGAUUUUUUGAAAAUUUGUUAAACAUUUUAUGUAUUAAACCCAAAAAAAAUCUCUUAACUUACUAAAGAAAAGCAUUAAAACACAUCUAUUCACACACUCACAUACACAAAGUAUUAUUAUUUGUAAAAUGAAAAUAAACAAUGUAAAAAAACCCCAACAACAACAAAGAAACCACAAGAAACAAAGUUGUAUUUGAAACGAAGUUGUAUUUGAUAUCCAAAAAAGAAAAAACAUGUUAUUUUUUUGUAAUAAUUUUAAAUAUUAUUAUUGUUUUUAUUAUAAUUAUUAUUUAAUUUUUUAUUUAUUUUUAAAAACAGGGUUUUUAAUUAUUUCAACAGACAAAACAAAAAAAAAACUCACACAAAUAAAACUAAAACUACCACAAAACAAAUUUAAACCAAAGAAAAAUUAAUUCCAUAAAAAUGUCUUGCAACAAAAAAACACAUACAUACACAAAACAAAAAAACAUAACAAUAAAACGAAUAAUUAAAAAACAAAAAUAGAAAAAGUCUUCGUGUUCAAAUCGUUGUAAAAAUAAUUAAACCCCCACUCUUUCUCUUUGUAAUAGUGUUUCAAAACAAAAAUGUACUCCCCACUUUCCCUUAAGUAUAUUAUUAAAAAACAAAUAUCUAACUAAAUGCCAAAUACAAACGUAAAGAACAGUUUAAAAAUUGUCAUUGUAAAAUAUUGAAAUUUAAAGUAAUAUCCAACUCUCUGGACAACUCAUUCAUUUUCCCCCCGCCACCACCACAAUCAAAUACAAAAACAAUGCCCAAACAUUUAAACAAUACCCACAAAUCCAUAGACAGUUGGACUAAUGUAAUGUAUCUCCACCAACUAUCUGCCCACCACCUUCAUUCAUUAUUAUUUAUUUCAAAUCUAAUAGCAACAACCACAAUACUCUGUGUUAUAUAUAAGUGAAUGUAUGUGUUCUCCUGUCCUGUCCUGCCCAAAACGGAAGCAGGAAGAAAAAAAUAUAUAAAAUGAAAAACAUUUUGAAAAAGAAAAACAAAAAUAAGAAAACAAUAAAUAAAAAAGAAAAACAAUAAUAAAACAAAAAUGUUACCAAUAUUAAAACUAAAAA